UCUCUCUCUCUCUCUGAAAUAAAAAGUCACCGUUACUGAUAAGGCAUCUGUCAUUAUACUUCCGUGCACCCGGCCCCGGCACAGCUCGCUUUUUAUAAACUACAUACAGUGCUCCCAGUACAAUGGCUCCGAAGGUGGUGCGCUCCAGUAAGUUCAGGCAUGUGUUUGGUCAGGGCGUGAAGGCUGAUCAGUGCUAUGAUGACGUCCGCAUCUCUCAGAUGACGUGGGACAGCAACUUCUGCACCGUCAACCCCAAAUUCGUGGCCAUGAUCGUGGAGGCCAGUGGGGGCGGGGCGUUCAUGGUGCUGCCGCUGAGCAAGACGGGGCGUGUUGAUAUGUCUCAGCCACUGGUCUGCGGUCACACCGGUCCUGUUCUUGAUAUCGAGUGGUGUCCGCACAACGACAACAUCAUCGCCAGCGGCUCAGAGGACUGCACCGUCAUGAUCUGGGAGAUCCCAGAUGGGGGUCUGACUCGGCCAAUCACAGAGCCCGUGGUCACCCUGGAGGGGCACUCCAAACGAGUGGGAAUCCUGAGCUGGCACCCCACCGCUCACAACGUGCUUCUGAGUGCAGGCUGUGAUAACGUGGUGAUCAUCUGGAACGUGGCUCGUGGUGAGCCGGUUAUCACCCUGGACUCCAUGCACACGGACAUGAUCUACAGCGCCUGCUGGAACGCCACGGGCAGCCAGAUCGUCACAUCCUGCAAGGACAAGAAAAUCAGAGUCAUCGAUCCACGCAAAGGGAGUGUGGUGGUGGAGAAAGACAAGCCCCACGAGGGCAGUCGUCCGGUGCGCGCCAUCUUCGUGUCGGAGGGGAAGAUCCUGACAACUGGCUUCAAUCGCAUGAGUGAAAGACAGGUGGCGCUGUGGGACCCGAAACACUUGGAGGAGCCCCUGACUCUCCAGGAGUUGGACACCAGCAGUGGAGUGCUGCUGCCCUUCUUUGACCCCGACACCGGCAUCGUGUAUCUGUGUGGCAAGGGGGACAGCAGUAUCCGGUACUUCGAGAUCACCGAUGAGCAGCCCUACGUUCACUACCUCUCCAUGUACACCAGCAAGGAGUCCCAGAGGGGCCUGGGAUACAUGCCCAAGAGAGGCCUGGAAGUCAACAAGUGUGAGAUCGCUAGAUUUUACAAACUCCAUGAGAGAAAGUGUGAGCCAAUUGUGAUGACCGUCCCGCGCAAGUCAGACCUGUUCCAGGAGGACCUCUAUCCCGACACGGCCGGGCCGGAGCCCUCGGUCGAGGCAGAUGAUUGGUUCGCUGGGCGGGACGGGGAGCUGAUUCUCAUCUCGCUGAGGGACGGCUUUGCGGCGACGAAAACACGAGAGUUCAAAGUGAACAAGACGCUGCUCGCCAAAACCACGGCUACCGCCCGGCCAAGCGUCGAAGCCAGCGACUUGCAGAGUCUGAUUGAUGAAUUGAAGAAGCUGAAGACAGUCGUGGAGGAACAGAACAAGAGAAUCUGUGAACUGGAGGGGAAAGUGGGGAAAUAGAGAGAGGGGGAGAAAAGCAAAGCACUUCACAAUUGUGCUACUACACUUCUACUGAGUUACUGUCUAAAACUGUCCAGCGAAUGGCUCUCGAGCCCCAUGACCCCAUGACCCCAUGACCCCACGGAGCUCCCCAAUCAGCUCUCUUAUUGAAGUGUCCACCAAGAUUGAAAAGACUGCACGACUCCAGUCUAAACACAGCCCAAUUCACAAUGAAAUACUGCAGCGUACUCACUACUAUUGAGUGGCUUUGUCUUUACUGAUAGUUCUUGGUCUCUCUGGUGAUCAAUAUGGCUCUUUAGAGCAGCCCUGAUUUGAAUUAAAUUCAUCCAGAACCAUUAAACACUGAAAAGUGGUGAAUUCAGAAAUGCUCAAAUAAACAGAAAACAUUAGAAAGACUUCUAGGCAAAACAUUUGCCAUUGAAUGUAUUAAAUUCAAAUUACAUUCAAACUAAAUUUCUUCGAUAGAGUGGAAAGUUUUCACAGUACAAGAUGUUGACUGUGGCAGCAAUACUAGAGUAACUGUGUAGUAAAGUGGGAGUAACUCAGUUGAAUGAGUAGAAGUGUUGUGUAGGGCAGCUAGUAUUAUAAAUAAUGCAGUAUUAAAUAAUUAUUUUAUUUUAUUUUAUUUUCCUUAAAGUAUUGUCUUGGGUAAUGCACUAGAAUGCAUUCUAACCAAAGAUCAGAUUGAACUGAUACAGAACAGAGAGUAGAGAGGACUUGUCAGGGAUCAGGGGUUACAAGCACAGUAUCAACAUCCCCCUUAAGAAAAAACAUUCCUUUUAAAUGCAACAACAGCACAGUAACAGUAUUUAGCCAGAAGGUGGUGCAAAUGUGAUAUAUAUGAUUAAAAAAAUGUAUUGGGAGGUUUCAUCUGAGUUUAGCCUUAAUAUUUUUAACCAUUAACCUCAAAACUUUAAAAAUGUAUAGCUAGGAUAUAGAAACAGAUAUGUUUUUUUUUUUAGUUUCAGGUUUUUACAGAACAAAAUUACUUUGGUACAUUAAAAAAAAAACAUAUUUGCUUGUUUGCUUUAAAAAAAAAAAAAAAGAUGAUUUUAUGAACAAGAUUAACCAUUGCACCAUAAAAAUGUGUUGGUUCUUUUUGUGCACAUAAAUAAAAAGUGCCUUGUUUUAAAAAGAAAAA